AUGGCGCAGCGCUACGGAGGCCGCUUCGUGCCGAACCCAGAGCUGGAGGCCAAGAGGCUGCCCAAGCAGCCCGUCGCCAUCUGGCGCCGGCAACUCGCGCCGCCAAGCUACGCCGCCGACUCGCCGCACCGCGUGCUGAAGUGGAGCAACACUGGCGAAUACGUGACUUUCCCCGAGGAGGCAGACGAGCCGCGCGGCGCCGACGCCGAGCGCGAGGUGGCUGCCGUCGAGGCACAGGCGCGCGAGGCCGAGGCGCAGCGGGAAGCAGCGGGCGGCGACGAGACGCAGGCCAUGGACGUGGACACGCCGGCAGCAGGCGAGGGCGCCUCGAGCAUCGUGACGCCGGCCACGGUCGCCGAGGAGACGCGUGCCGGCGCGACCCAGGAGCAGGCCAGCGGUGCGGCGCCGAGCGCCAUCCCGCAGCAUGUGCGCGAGGAGAUGGCGCUCGUGUCGGCAGCCGGCGGCGUGGGCGCCGAGCUGAACGCCGGCCCACUGCCGGACGACUCACAAGGCGCCUCGGCUGCCUCGACGCCCGGCCCGACACUCAACGUCGCUGCCGAGCUGCAGCCGCCGCCGUCGGGCGCCGCUGAGCCACAGACAGAGGGCGAGGUGAACGCCGCGGCGGUGCAGGCUGCUGCCGAGGGCACAAACGAGGGCGGCGGCGUGGCCGACGAGGUGGGCCGCAGCACUCGCGAGCCAAGCGUGCCCGGCCUCGACGCCGUCGUGGAGCUGAGCACGGACAGCGCGGAGGCACCCAAGCCCGCGUCCUAGCGUGACGUGCGGCGGAGCGUGGACCCCGUCUCUCUGCUGUAAUUGUAUCUGUCACUCCUGCCGCUGUCCUGUGCUUUACUUAGUUGCGUGACAAAGAUGAAGU